UUCCGAACGCAGUCUAUACUACAGUACAUCGGAACGCAUUUAUACGUUGCUUUGUGCCCUCGUCUAUAUAUUACCAUAUAUUACCGGCAUUGUCAAUAUUUAUUAGCUUGUUUUAUUAUUUUUAAUCCUUGAAUAUUAAACAAUUGAUCUUUUUUUCGUACAAUUUAGUGCGAAAAAUGACAAAGGAAGAGAGUUUAGAAAAAAAGUCUGCGGAGUGUAAUGACAGCGAUAAAAAAGCAGUGUCCGAUUCGGGACCCGACCCCUCGGCUCCAAUUACGAGAAAAGGAGUAUUAACAUCCUUCUUAACUGGCAAAGCUAUGGAGAUACCAGAACAAGAUAUCCUUGGCAAAUGCAGGUUUGUCUCUGAAUUUGAAAAGUUAAAUCGCAUUGGAGAGGGUACUUAUGGGAUUGUGUAUCGAGCCAGAGACACAAAAAAUGAUAAAGUUGUUGCAUUGAAGAAAGUGAGAAUGGAACAUGAGAAAGAUGGGCUACCAGUGAGUGGUCUCAGGGAAAUUUCAGUCCUACUGUCUUGCCGUCAUGAGAACAUUGUGCAUUUGAGAGAAGUGGUAGUAGGCAGAAGUUUGGAAAGUAUAUUUCUUGCAAUGGAGUACUGUGAACAGGAUUUAGCAAGCCUGUUGGACAACAUGCAGGCACCAUUUUCAGAAAGUCAGGUCAAAUGCAUAGUGUUGCAAGUAUUGAAGGGCCUACGUUAUCUGCAUCAUAAUUUUAUUGUUCACAGAGACUUGAAAGUCUCGAAUCUUCUUAUGACUGAUAAGGGUUGUGUGAAAAUUGCUGAUUUUGGAUUGGCCAGGUGGUUCGGUUUACCUUUGAAGCCAAUGACUCCUAGAGUUGUGACGCUGUGGUACAGAGCACCUGAAUUGUUAUUGCAAGCCAAGACACAGACUACUUCAGUCGAUAUGUGGGCAGCUGGGUGUAUAUUGGGAGAAUUAUUAGGACACAGACCUUUAUUGCCCGGCAGAUCAGAAAUUGCACAAUUAGAGUUAAUUGUCGAUUUAUUGGGUACACCCAGUGAAGCUAUCUGGCCAGAAUUUAAUUCGUUGCCGGCGCUGCAGAAUUUCACCCUUAAACAGCAACCGUAUAACAAUUUGAAACAAAGAUUUCCCUGGUUAAGCGCUGCAGGACUUAGAUUAUUGAAUUUCUUAUUUAUGUACGAUCCAAAGAAAAGAGCAACCGCUGAAGAAUGUUUGCAGAGCAGCUACUUCAAAGAGGCUCCUUUACCUUGUGAUCCAAAACUUAUGCCUACUUUUCCACAACACAGAAACAUGAAAAAGGCGACUGCGCAAAAAGAAAACCGUGAACAAGAACCCACUGUUACCGACCAAACUAAUAAUCUUCCUGCGAUUUCAGAUCUUCUUGGUUCUUUAGUUAAGAAGAGACGUGUUGAAUGAAAAAAUAUAUUGCUGGAAGAAAGAAUCAUACUUGAUAUAUUCUUCAGAUAUAUCUGUUUAUAACUUCAUUUUACGAUCGACAACUGUGUGUAUACUUAUUGCCAAAUACAUUUAUUACAAACACUUGUGUAACAUAGCAUCUUUUUGUUUUAUUUAGAAAUGAUGACGAUAUGAGCGGUGAGUGACAUAUUACAUAACUUGCAUAAAAUUGCAAAAACUGCUGAUUUAUCAAAUAAAACCUUUAACAAA